UUGAAGCGCAGCGAAGAAGCAACCGAGAAACUGCGUGCUGUCUGUCUCCUCCUACUAUUAUUAACACCACUUCUUUUUAUAACUUUUUUAUUCUCUAAUACUUUCGAGCAUGGAUAUCAGUGAUAGCAACAGUAGCAAGAAGAGGAAAAUUCACCGCGAAAAAGAUGAAGAAGAACAAGAACAAGAACAAGAACAAGAAGACGAGGCGAAAAUGGAGACAUUCUUUGCUCUGGUGAAAAGCAUCCGCGAGAGCCGUGACCGAUGGAUCAGUUUCAGGUCAGGUGAUCACAGCAAGAACAAAAUGAGUAAGAACAUCGUGAACAAGGAGGAAAAUAGAGUUGAAGUUUGGAAGCCCACGUUUCAACUUGAAGAUUUCGCGCAAGAGGACCUUAGUGUGACCUUAUUAGCAGGUUCGUCGUCUCAAAGCAAUAACUGUCAUAAAGAAGAGGAUGCAGAAAAAGGUAUUGACUUGAAGCUCUCACUUUGAUAGAUGGAGCUAGCUAGCGUACUGUUGUACUUGUUACUGCAUGCCCUCUUCAAAGUGAUCAUGGCUAGUUGUAUUAUUCUUCGUGCGUAUUGUAAUCGAUGCCCUGCGCAACUUGUAGAGUUGUCAUUUAUUAAUGGUUUUUUUUUUUUUUUUGGUGAAUAUUUAUUAAUCGUUUCAGUACUGUGUUUUGUGCUUCAAAUAAUGAAUGAAUG